AUGUUCAGGCCAGAAGACGAAGAGCCAUCUGUCACAGCCGAGGCCACACCGAAGCUGAGUAUGAGGGACAAGCCUCCUCUGGUCGACAGGCUGUGUCCAACGUGCAGCCGACUCAAUAUCUCCCCAGAAAAGUUCGUGUCGAAACGUCACACAGAAAACACUCUCUCGGGACUUCUUGCAACCCCAUUUGAUUCCGUCUGGUCACAACCCCAGGACUUAGGCUACAUCGACGACAUUUGCAGACGAAUGGACAGCUGCUCGCUUUGUUGGCUUCUGUUUCACGCUGUCCAUCUUGAUGAGUGGCCUUUGAGUAGAACGUCUACCGGGAGCCGGUAUCGUGCGGCCCAAAUCUCCAGAGGCGACGUUUGGACCGACGAAGGCACACGGGUUCGCUGUUCCGUCGAGUGGUUGUUGGACGGUCGUCUUUUGGACGACCCGGGGUCCGGAAAGAGGCAUCCACCGCCGACCCGCCGCUUGAAAGUCUUCAGCCCCGCGGGGCUCUUCACGGAUUCAUAUAUCAUGCUUAUGUCUCCUAAAUCGACGUCUCCGUCCACUGAAUCGACAUUCUUGGCUCGUCAAAUACCUUAUGACCAAGCAAACAUAGCUCUUCUUCGACGCUGGCUCGACAUUUGUAGGACAAACCACGUCAGCGGAUGUCGGCCUCAUCAAACGCCGCACGAAACUGUCGAGCUGCUUGAGAAUCUCAAGUUUAUUGACUUGGAAAACAAAGCGGUCGUUGUCAGCUCUCGAAGCGGUGUUCGAGUUACGGAAUACGCAACUCUUAGCUACGUGUGGGGCCUCGGUCGACAGCUCACCCUAUCUCAUGAGACUCUCACCGAAUUCAGUUCAAAGGGUUCCUUGAAGCUGAACAGGCCUGAUCUUCCAAAGACUGUCCGUGACGCCAUGAUUCUUGUCAAGUCAUUGGGUAUCCGGUACAUCUGGAUAGAUUCUCUCUGUAUCGUUCAAAACGACCCCAGCGAGAUGCAGCGCAUUCUCCCGAUGAUGGACCGUAUAUAUGGAAACUCGGUUCUCAACGUUUGCGCCGCAGCCGGUGACGGCUCCAAUUACGGAAUCCCGGGAUCACCUGCGAGUCCUCGAGCAGCUUGGCAACCGAUAGUUCACUAUGCGGGGUUCGAACUUGUGGCAACCAAGACCGUUGAGGGCCUCAUCGAAAACACCGCCUGGAACAGCAGGGCGUGGACCUUCCAAGAGAGGAUGCUCUCCAAACGAUCCAUGAUAUUUGUCGAGAACAGAGUCUUCUUCCAGUGUCGUGAAGCAACGUGGUCUGAGGAGGUGUUUUCGGAGGCGUUGGCCUCGUCAUGGACUUUGGAGAUGGUUCGCUCACCCUUGAAGUCAUUCGAGAAGAACCCGGUCCGGCUCUAUGUCGAGUACGUCGAGCUUUUCAGUGGCAGGCUCUUGACUUACGAAGCCGAUCGGUUACGGGCGUUCGAGGGGAUUUCGGCUAUGCUCUGCGCUCCACUCCGAGCCUCCUUCUUUUACGGACUGCCCGACUCCUAUUUCGACUUUGCACUACUGUGGGAGAAGAAGACGCCUGGGCGGAGACUUAAAGGCAUUGGCGAAGACGGGAUCCCCAGCUGGUCAUGGAGUGCCUGGCUGGACGCCUCCAUUUGGCGCCUUUCCAUGAUUUCCGGCACAUUGCUAAACCUUCACGAAUGGUUAGAAUACCAUACAUGGGUCGUGUGGUCGUCCAGCCAGUGCCAUCCCAGACCAAGUCGCUGGCACGGGUACGCUCGGGAAAACGCAGAGAGCAGGCCAUUCGGACGACGACAACCACCGAUCUCGGAUGACGCCGAGACGAAACCCAUCAAGCCAACCACAAGCAUUCUGAAGAAGGAAUGCCUCUACUUCUGGACGUACACCGCCUUCUUCCGGCUGUCCUGCCAGAGCCGCACCGGCCCAACCUUCGCCUCCAAGCUGGAGCCGGGCCUCCGCCGCUUCGGCCUGCUGGACGCCCACGGAGACUGGUGCGGUACCAUCAUCCUGGAGGACGAGUGGUCCGACAGCGUGGGCGACGUUGUCGAACUUGCGGCCAUCUCCGAUGCCCGCGACUUCUCGAUGGAGGAGCUGGACACGUGGAACUACUACGUCCCCGAGGACCGCGAGGCCUCCGAGUGGCGACUAUAUUACGCCUUUUUAAUCGUUUGGGACGACAGUCACGUCAUUGCCCAAAGGGCUGGGCUCGCCAAAGUUUACCAGCGGGCCUUUGAGCUGGCGUCGUUCGAGCCGGGGAAGGCGUGGAGAGAGAUCACCUUAGGGUGA